UUUCUAGGAAGCUAGGGUGUGAACUGGCUGCUUGCAGCCAAAGUCAACACUUGUUGGGUACAAGUUAUACAAAAUUUGUGUAGUUUAAUCCUAGAAUUCAUAAUUUGAGACUAAGAUCCAAUGAAAUUGGAUAUACUUCCAUAAUUGAGUUGCUGGUCAACUUUGUAUCUUAAUACUAGGAUCAAAUGAGGAGUUCUUCAUCUAUUUGAUCCUUUAUUACUUACAGCUUGGCGCGGUAUAGCGAUGGAGAGGUAUGACAUCCCUUCCGGUCAAGGUCAAUCAAGAGUGAGUAGCACCAUGGUGGAGGAAGAGAUUAUGGUGGGCUUUGAGGAUGAGGUAAUAAUGAUAAAAGAGCAACUUACUGAAGGAAAGAAGAAGUUGGGAAUUAUAUCGAUUGUUGGAAUGCCUGGACUCGGUAAGACAACUUUAGCCAGAAAAGUAUAUGAUGAUCCUUAUAUCACGCAUUACUUCCAUAUUCGUGCAUGGACCUAUGUUUCUCAAGCAUACAUAAAGAGAGAUCUUUUGCUUGGCAUUUUACAUUCUAUUGUCAAAAUUACUAACAAAACUGAACAAAUGAGCAAUGAAAAGUUAGGUGAAGAGAUUUACAAAAUCUUAAAGGGUAAGAGAUAUCUCAUUGUCAUGGAUGACAUAUGGAGUACUGGGGCUUGGGAUGAUGUUAGAAUGUAUUUACCAAAUGACAACAACGGAAGUAGAGUGAUGUUCACUAGUCGGCUCAAAGAGGUUGGUUUGCAUGCUAAACCUGAAAGUUGUCCUCACCAUCUACGUUUUCUAACUGAAGAAGAAAGUUGGGAGCUAUUUCAGAAGAGGGUUUUUCGGGGGGAAAGUUUCCCUCCAGAACUAAUGGGUCUUGGGUUGCAAAUUGCUGAAAAAUGUGAAGGAUUACCACUUGCAAUUGUUGUAAUAGCUGGGAUUCUUGCGAAAGAAGAGAAGACAAAAGACUUGUGGGAAGAAGUUGCUGAAAGUGUAAGUUCUUACAUGGUUAAUGAUCCAAACCAAUACAUGCGCACGUUAGCACUGAGUUAUUAUCACUUGCCUGAUCACUUGAAACCGUGUUUUCUUUAUUUUGGAGCAUUUCUGGAAGGCUCUGAAAUCCCUGUGCGUAAGUUGAUGUGGCUUUGGAUUGCUGAGGGAUUCGUACAGUCAUCCGAGGAAAAAAAGGUGGAAGAGUUUGAAGAGGAUUACUUGACAGAUCUGACACGGGAAAAAACGUUGGAAGAGAUAGCAGAGGAUUAUUUAACUGAUCUAAUUGAGAGAAGCCUGGUAAUAGUUUCCAAGAAAAGAUCUAAUGGUGGAAUUAAAGCAUGUCGCAUGCAUGAUCUUUUGCGCCAUUUAUGCUUGAGAGAAGCUGAGAAAUUCAAAUUUUUGACUUGGUUUCACGGGCAUGAACAUGUUUCUUCUUCUCAGGGUCGCAUAUGCAUCUACCCUGACUCAAAUUUCGAUGUUCAUUUAGUGAAGUCCUAUGCCCGCUACAUUCAGUCACUUUUUUGGUUUGGAGUUUUAGAUCAUGAUUCUUUAAAAUUUUAUCCUAAUUCUAUAAUGUUGCCUAUUCACCCAUUUAGACAGCCAGUCUCCGAUGCAUAUUGCGACUUUCUCUUGCCGUAUACAGUUAGGAGAACUGAUAUCCUUAAUGAGCAAUUGUUUUUUCUUGAUUCAUCACUACAAUCAUCAUCUAAUUCUCAAACCUCCGACUGUCUUAAGGUCUUGGAUUUAUGGUGUCCCAAUGUCUUCCUUUCCUUCGAAAUUGAAGCACUAAUUUACUUGAGGUACCUUGCAAUUCAUACUGAUGACUUUCAUACAAUACCACCAUCAAUAGUCUACCUCUCAAACCUUGAAACCCUUAUUCUUGGUACACGACAAUCCCAUACUAUUUUGCCGGAAAAUGUUUGGACGAUGGUUAAGUUGAGGCAUCUUUAUACACCAGGGAAAUAUCAUAUUGAUAGUCAGUGUUUUGCAAAACCAAUAGCGCUUAAAUAUUUGUCUCCUCAUGUAGGGUUCAACUAUAACGCAUUACAGACCGUCUCAAACUUAUGUCCUUGUGGACAUGUCCAACUUUUAUUAUUAAGGACUCCCAAUCUUAGAAAGCUGGGAUUUCGUGGAUAUCUGAUAAAUGAGUCGGGGCAAUCGACGCUUCCUAAUCUAGACUUUUUGAACCACCUUGAGACCUUGAAGUUGGACAACACGAUGAUCACCAGCCAGUCGACUAAUCUCUUAAGGGCGGUUGAGUUUCCUAAAAUUGUUAAGAAGCUAACCUUAAGAGGAAUGGGGAUAAAGUGGGAGGAGAUGUGGAUCAUUGGGAUGUUACCCAAUCUUGAGGUUCUCAAAUUAGAAAGACGUUCUUGCCAAGGUCGACAAUGGGAAACAACUGGUGGGGGAUUUCGUCGACUCAAAUACUUGAAACUCAAAUGUCUCGGUGUUGAAGAAUGGAUUGCCUCUAGCACUCACUUUCCAAGCCUUGAGCAUUUAGUGUUGGAAGAAUGUUAUAGUCUCAAGGAGAUCCCAUCUGAUUUUGGGGAUGUCCCUGUGCUACAGAUAAUUGAAGUAAACUUUUGUCUCCGUUUCACUGAGGAAUCUGCUAGGAAAAUUAAGGCAAGGCAAGAGCACAAUGGAAACAAUUGGCUGAAGAUCCUGAUCAACAAUCAAGAAUUCUUUGGGAUGACAUCAUCAAUUGACACAUCAGUGGACACAUCAGUUGACACAGAAAGCAUGGAGAGUGGGUCAGAAAAAUAAUGGGGAUGAUCUUUCCAGGUCUGUUCAUCGUAUUGUUGCCAGUUUCCGGUGUAAAUAUACUGAAUGUUUCAUGGUCUGUUCUGACUGGCGAAUUUUGAUUGUAUGAAUGCCAGAUGCUUUAGUGUCAUUUCACUUUCCUCUAUUUUGGGAUGUUUGCUCUGAUUGGCCACAGUAUUUGGCAUGAGACCCUUCAAGAGAGGUCCUUAUCGGGGAUGGCAUUUAGGGGCAGUGCAUUACCUUGUGGUGUUGAGCAUAAAUACAAGCUGGCUAUUGUGGAUUACUUUGAUGGUGGUUUUUAUUUUUUUAAGCUUGUUUUGCCUGUGGGUGUGUUAUUUUCGCCUAGCCUCUCAUGUUGUGAGAGAUUUAUCUUAUUAUGCUAGUUGUACUGUUUUGUCCAAGCCUUUGACUUUGAGUGUCGCUUCUCUAAAACUAUAUUGACUCUCGGAGUUGUGUCUUGAGCAUCAUUGUAAUAGGUGAGUGCACAGAGCAAAAAAAGGGUUGAGAAAUGAAAUGCACUACAUAGUACAAUUGGAAAUACAUUUUGCUAAUACUACUCGUACUCUCGUCUUGGAUAAUGGAGGACAGAAUAAAAAUUGCUGGUGGCAAAGUGUGUUCUUCGUCUCUAUUUUUACCAUGUAUUUUACUGGAUUGAAUUUGUCUGGAAUUUACUAGUUAUGAGAAGGUUUUUGGGUAUUU